GCAAGAGUGCAGCGGAACUGAAUGUGGUAGUCAAGAGUUUCUACACGAAAGAGCACACUAUAGAGACCUCAGUGACGUCAAUAGCAGAUCAUAACAACAUGGAUGGUUCGCACUGAAGCAGUUCAGGCAGCAAAGCAUAUUCAGUGACGGUAAAACAUUCGUCGCUGAGCUGAAAGUAGCCGAAUUAAUCCAAACUCAACGGAACUAAAACGUUAUGGAACCGUGAACUGAUUUCAUUGUAACCCGAACUGAAUCCUACGGUACAACGACAUCUGUUAAUUCACUUUCGUUUCUUGACUUUGGACGAACACAGUUUUGUUGUGACUGCUAAAAGAAGACAUUUAAUCCAGGAACAAAAGGGAGUCGUCAUGUUCAGUUUCCUCGGACUACGAAAAGAUGGGAAGAAGUCAACAUCCGAGAAGGAGGCAGAUGGAGGCUUUGUCAUCAUCGGAGAAACAGCUGAAGAACAGAGGAGGAAGAUGCAGACCACAAACGCCACAUAUCCAUCAACAAACGUCAUAGUGCAGCCAUCAAAGUCAUCCUACGUGCCUUCAGCUCAACAUGACAACAUAGAGCUCCAUAAACCUUUACCCACAAUAGGGCAAGUACCAGGGCCCUCAGCAGCGGAAACUGCUUCGACUCUUCCAGAUGUCCUCGGAGACGUCCCCUUCACUUUGGCUCCUCAUGUCCUGUCUAUGCAGGCAGGAUUUCAGCUGAUUCCUGAUGUGCUGCUGUCCCGGGACAUUAACUACAACCUGGCUAAUUUUCACUACGACUUCACUUUAGAGAACUCAGUGCUCCAUAAUGCCUAGUUUGAUUGAAUGUUUAUAUCAGGGGCCGUCGGAAUUAGUUCACAAGGUGGGGAACUAUAUGAGAAGUUACAGCUCCAAAUCUUAUUGAAUAAGCAAAUGGGAUUCUGUAGAGUUAUGAGUAGUAAAACUCUCACCAAAAUGACAUAAAAAACCCUAAAGUUGUCAAUUUUACAGCAUUGAACUUAUAUAAAUGACAAGGUCUAACUGAAUUACUUUGUCCCAACAGAAUGGCUUUGUUCCCUGUUGUGUUGCUCAGUGUGAAUACAAGGAGUAAAGUGUGUUAUAAUGAUAUUGUCUAACUGAACGGAAUAGUUAUGGAUUAUGACAAAUUGGGUCAAUAACAUUUUACUUACCAAGACAUUUGCUGAGUUCUGGGGACAAUGAUGCAAACAAACACACCUGAAAUGUUGGUGUCAAUCUGACAUCGCUCACAAAUACUGUAUGUAAAACAGGUCAAAUUUGAACCAAGAAGUUGGCCAACAAACCAUGAUGGGUAGUUUACCAAAGAUACUCCUGGUAAUAGUUUUACCGUCCCCUUUUCAAUUAGCCUAUCUACUCAUUAGAUAACUUUUGGGGUAGAUUAUUAUCAAUUAAUGUACAAAGUCAUAUUCCCCUCUAAUGUGUAGCUGGGUAUCUCAAUCUUUCAUUUUUUAUUUAUUUCAAGAGGAUUAAAAGAGCUGUAACCAAUAUGUGGUAUCAGCUUGACAAGGUAGUGGUCGUAAACAAUGAUCGUUUAUGAAAAGGACUAUGGAUCUCCACAAGUAAAAAAGAAAUUAAGCCAAAAUGUCCCGGUAAUGGACACUGCUAUCUUGUUCUGGUGACAUAAUUUGGUGAAACUGUAGUCUAAAGGUGAUACAUGUGCUUGGCCAAUCAUGAGUCAGUCUCAUCUAUCAAUUAUGACAUUUCACCCUGUUUUUAAAGCAUCAAAUAACUAAUUAAGACCAAAUUUAUCAGAAACAUGGAUGUUGAGCAAACAUCAGUGUGAUAAGAACUACUUAAAAAAACAGACGAUAUUUGUAAAAGAAUUGUUUGAGGUGUCCAUGUCCUUUCUACUAAUAUGGAUGGAGCUGGGGUUAUUACCUACAUUGCAGCCAGCCUACAGUUGGCGAUAGAUAUGAUUUGGCAUCACUUAAGGGAACUGUCGAGUUGUCCUUCUCUGUCCACAAAGUUCAAAAGCUAUGAGAAAAAGCCUGUUUUAUUUGAGCUCAUUUGAGGCUGAGGCCCCUGGAUGAUGAAGCAAUAGCAACUAUUCAAAGCCUGGCACUUGGACAACUCUCUAUUAGAGUCACUGGAUAGAAACAUCUACUUCAGAGGAUUGUCUAAAUGAAAAGUGAAAAUGUAUAGUUAGACAAUUUUUUUACUAACUUCAGUUCACUGUGUCUUCUGUCAUAAUUUAAAAUGAUGCCAUUGCCUUUUAUAUAUUUGACAUCAUGUGAGGUUGCAACUCAACAAUUGAUAUUUUUAGUGUUUUACAGCUGCCAAUGGCCUCCAUGUCCUUAUUUUUCCUUCAUGAAUAUGGCCUUCCUUUUGACCCAUCAUAUUUUUCUACCAUGAUUACGAGAUUGCAUUAUCUGCAUUUUCCUCUAUUUCAUUUGAUGUGUUAAUGGGAAGUCACUUGCUGUUCGUGUUUUAAGCACAGAACAAGGCUCAAGAGGUGCAGGUGUUCCCACGCGUCAUUUGAAAUCCUUGAACCUUUGUCAAUUUGCAAAGAAAAAUCCAGUCCUAAUUUUGAAAAUAGACAAAUAGUCGUGAGUCAUUGGAAAUGUUUGAAUCUAUACAUUUGUCAAAAUAGGAAUUUAAGGUUUUCAAAUGUAAUUUUAUUUAACUAUUAAAUAGACUUUGUGCCACUCUCUGCACGUGUCCCCAUCGUCUUUCAGCUCUUCAACUCAUUGAUUAGUCUCUAUUGUGCUCAACUGACAUGAUAAGUGCGAUAAGUUGUGCUGUGUUAGAGUUUAUAUUUGAGAGUUUGUGGUAGAAUGAAUAAAUCAUAGCUAUCUUUUUUGCUUUGUUGAUACAUGCUGUAAAAAUACAAGGUUUUCAGUGAAUCAUUCAUCCAUCAGUAGUUUUUACUUUGAGUACUGUUGUCUUAGAUAUAUGCGUACCUUCUGCUUUGAACCAUGAUCUCAGCACAGAGUACAUGAAGCUGGAUGGACUGACAUCUUUUUUACCUUUGUAUUGUCCUUUGUUCUGGCUUAGAGAAACAUGUUUGAGAAACAUGAGCUUUUGAACUCAGCACAGCAAUACUGUGUUUACCUCUAAGUUCUUUAUAAAUGAUCAAACUGGGUCUCUUAAAACCUGAUGUGCCUUUAAUAAGCAGCCCAUACCAUUCAGAUUGUACCUUUCCCUCUCACUAAUAUGUCACUAAAAUCAGUUCAUGCUGGUUUGGUGUUCUCCUGGUUGUAACUGUGGAAGACAACUUACUUUACAAAUAAAUUUGAAGAAGGGUGUGGUGUGUUUUAUCAUCAA